CUGGCCACAUUCACUGUCGGCCUUGCAGAGAGGGUUCUCUGGAAGACAGAGGCCACCAACGCUGCAGGCAAAGCCCGCGCCACAGUCUUCAUUCUUCUGACAAAGUGCUACCUCUGGAAUACAGAGGCCGGUUGGCCCACAGAUGAAUCCAGCGCCACAGUCCUGUUUGCCUUGGCAAUUAUUGACCUUCGGGAUACAGACACCUCCAGUGCCGCAAGUGAAGUUCGCAGGGCAUUGGUUGUCCGUUCUGCACCCGGAAAAGUUCAAGAUGCACUUCUUACUUUCGCUGCAGAGCCCCAAAGGACCGCAGGUUUGGCCAACUGCACAGCUACUGUCAUCUUUGCAAGUAAGAUCCUUGGGUAUACAGAGACCCGCAGGGCCACAGAAAAACCCAGUGCCGCAGUUUGCGUCAAGCUGACACAGAGCGCCGCCUGGAAUACACUUGUUGGAAGGUCCACAGAUGAGGCCAUCGGGGCACUGUCCGUUGCCUUGACAGUCUCCAGGAAUAGGCACGCAGAUGCCAGUGGCACCACAGCUAAAACCAGCCCGGCAGCCUUGGUCGUUUUGGCAGGUUCCAAACUCUGGAAUACAGAGGUUGGCUGGACCACAAAUGAAACCGUCCUGGCAGCCACGGUUGUUGUUGCAGGUGGGAGCGAUACAGAACCCGUUCGGGCCACAGACAAGUCCACCAUUGCAAUUAUCGUUUGUGAUGCACGCAAAACCAACGUCAAUGCAAAGUCCCAGAGGGCCACAGAUGAGGCCGAGCGUGCAAUCGCUUGGAACGGUGCAGGCUGUGCUUCCUCCAGGAACGCAGACACCCCGAGGACCACAAACAAGGCCAUCGCGGCAAUCCGUAUUGGCCCUGCAGAGCAAGGGGUCUUCGAUACAGAUCCCGAGCGGGCCGCAAAUGAAGCCGACUGCGCAAUUUCCACAUACGAAGCCUGGGUUGCAAUCCUUGUCCAAAGUACAGUUGUUGGUGGUAUCCGAGGUACAGAUACCAAGCGUCCCGCAAAUUUGGCCAAGACCGCAGUCCUUAUCGUUCUGGCACAAGGCCGAGCCAUCUGGAACGCAGACUCCGAGAGGGCUGCACACACGUCCGAUGCCACAGUUGCCACCUGCAGUGCACGAAUCGGAGCCUUUAGGGAUACACACGCUGGAUGGGCCGCAGAUGAACCCGACGCCGCAGUCGAUAUCCGCAGUGCACUUGGGGUCCGAAAUGCAGAUACCAUUCGGAAUGCAGGUUCCGGCUGGGCCACAUUCAAAACGUGGCGGGCAGUCGCCUUUGACAGUGCAACGGGUACCACCUCCCGUGAUGCAGAUUCCAAGGGGACCGCAGAUGAGGCCGAAGUCACAGUUUUCGUUUGUGGUACACAGGGGAGAGCCAUUCGGAACACAGACACCGGUAGAGCUACAGACUUGACCAACUCCGCAAAUCUGUCCUCCAGUCCCGCAUGUAGGCUGACCACGCGGAAUGCACUUCUUGCUAGGCCCGCAGAUGAAUCCAGCAGCGCAGUCCUGGUCGACAGUGCAGCUGCCGCUGGUAUCCAGGACACAAGUGCCGAAUGGCCCGCAGAUAAAGCCGAGGUCGCACUUCCGGUUUGUGUCACAGAGUAG